AUGGUUUCGGCACCAGUAGACGCUAGUCGCUUGCCCCACUGUGGUGAGCGGUGUGGUGACUGUACGAAGGAAUGCGAUGACCAAGGCAAAGGAUGCAAGAUGAGAAAAUGUGAAAGCAGCCGGGCCGAGGGCAGCUGCCCUGAAGGUGAGGCAGAGCCAUUCGGAGGUGAAACUGGUGAAGCUCUGCCAGCUCUGCCAGCUCUUCCUCCAGAGGCAGAUGCAAAAAAGGCCGAAGGAAACACUGCUUUUCAGGCCAAAGAAUUCACAGAAGCCCUUCGACUCUACAGAGAAGCCAUUGCCAUUGCAGAGGCUGCGGGAGCACCAGUUCCAGGUGUUUACUACUCGAAUCGUGCUGUUUGCCUUGCUUCUCUGGAAGAUUGGGAAGGUGCCAGAGCUGAUGCAGCAGAGGCACUCUCUCGCACGGACCUCACACCAGCAGCUACCAAGAAGGCUCUCUUCCAGAAGUGCAGAGCCGAGUCUCGGCUUCAGCUUCUUGAAGAGCUGGAGGCUACCCUUCGACUAGCUGGCCAACUCGGCAUGCGAACAGAGGUGGAGCGGCUGCUGCGAAGUGAACUGUCACAGAACGCUCAAGCUGCGCAGGCUGCGACUCCCCAGCCCCAAGUGGCCCCGGCCCCAGCAACUCCAGCAGCUCAAGCAGCUCCAUCGGUUCAGGAAUCUGCUGGAAGUCCAGCCAUGGAAGCUGCCUCACAAGCAAAGGAAGCAGGAACUGCAAGGUACAAAGAUGGAGAUUAUCGCGGAGCGUUGCUUCAGUACCGGCAAGCCCUGGAUUUGACUCCCAGCGAUGAAGCUGGCUUCCGCGCCCAAUUGCUUGGAAAUAUUGCAGCCGCGUGCCUGAUGCUGAAGAGGGCUGGCGAUUGUGCGGCUGCAUGUGAGGAAUCACUGGCGCUGGACCCUUCCAACUCGAAGGUUCGAGCUCGAUUGGCAUCAGCCCAGGUUGCGCGUGGUGACUUUGACACUGCUCGGUCGACUCUGGGCCUUGCGAACGAGGCGGACUCAGUCUUGACCAACUCCCUGAAGCAAAUAGGAAGCACAGAGGCGACCUUGGCGGAAGCUGACCAGGCCCUCUCCCGAGGUGAACCUGCAAAGGCUUUGAAUAUGUUCGCAAACCUGGAGUCAACAGCCUUGUUCGACUAUCCUCCUCUGACUCUGAAAAUGGCCCGCUGCUACUUGGAUCUGAGGCAAUAUCCCAGGGUGUUGAAUACUACGCAACAGAUCUUGCGUUCUAACCCGACUAGCAUUGAUGCGCUCCUUUUGAGGACGCAGGCCAUGCGUGGACAUUUCUUUGUCAGUGGAUUGGCGCAAUUUACUCACCCACGUGCUUCGUGCUUGUCGCGGUCUCGAUUGGAAUGUCACUCUCUGGAGCUCCUUUGA